ACCAAGUCAUGCUGGAACAAGUACAAGAGGAGAACCAGCGCUUGAAUCAGCAAGUUGCUAGUCUGACAGCUGCGUUUAUGGCACUGCAGAAAAUGGAGGUGCAAGAUCUUCUUGCCAAGGAGGAAGCACUGCAGGAGGUUCAGGAGAAUUAUGUCUCCCUGGAAAGUGAAAUCAAGGAGCCUGGAGGAGGAAACAGCACAGAGACAACAUCCUCCCGGCUGUUUUCUGAGCUAUUGGUCACAGACUCCAACACUUCAAGCUCCACAGCAGAUGGGUCAAUGUAUUCUUCAGACAUGUCUUUUGUGGGUUUAUCUUAUCCUGCCUCUGUCACGCGGACCACAGAGAUGCCCAGUCUGGCACGAUCUUCUGGCCUAACUCAAACUUUGAAAGCCAUAGCUCAGCCCAAAGAUAGUAUUGAGAUACCAAACUGGAACUCUGCUCCAUCAAGAAACCUUAGCCUUUCAAGGAUGGUGUCAGGACAACACCAGAACCAUUUCAGCCCUUUGUUUACUAACUCAAGGAAGAUUGCCCAGAGCCUUGUAUGCAUGGAGAAUCAUGGAAGGACACAUUCUGCUUAUGAGGACUACCAAAAGUCUGCAUCCAGUGCUAUUGGAAAUUUGAAAAUUGCUGAAGUUGAUCCAGGUGGUUAUUUUGUAAGGAUCCUGAACUGUGCCCCUGAAAAAGAGGAAAGCAUUGGGGAUUAUCUCUUGAAGCAGGACGUCCAAGGUCAACCAGUGGCUGUAUUUCGGUUUCCCUCUGAGACCAGGAUGGGGCCCAACUCCACCAUGACCGUUUGGGCAGCAGAUGCUGAAGUGCUUCACAGACCUCCCUCAGAUUUUCUUUGGAAGGACCUGGAGAGAUUCAGGACAAGCGUUGACUGUGCUACUAUUCUCUGUGAACCUAGUGGUCAAGCUGUGGCUUGGUACACUCCUCUCUACUGGAACCGAAGGCAAGGAUUUGUGGCAAAAGAGGAAAGUGAAAAAUUUGAGAACAUUGUCAUACCAACUUUCUUAACAGUAAAGCAAAAAGAGGGAUGGGAAAAUGAACAGGAAUUUACAACAACUGAUACAGACUGGAAGACGUCUGACCCAUGGCAAACAAGAAAAAAAAGACAAAGCUUCAUUAAAAGGGAGAAAAAGGCCUCUGCAUCCCUUCUCCCUAACCGAAGCGCCUGGUGCCAAAGCCCAAACUCUCCCGCACACCCUCACUUUUCGCUGGUUAGAUCGUUAACCAUGGGGAAUGAUGGCAGCAGCUUGUGCAGGCAGUCUCGGUGUCAAUCAUCCCGGCCUGACCCCGUGCCAGGCACUCUGUAUGCAGGAACUAGUCGGAAGAAAAACCCUACAAUUCCCAGCUGUGUGAGUGGGGAAGGCAGAAGGCGGCCUACUCGGUCAGCAGGGCCUAAUUUUGGUGGAGUGAUGUACGUGGGGUCGCUUCCCCUGGCUGGCACUGCUCUCCAGAAGUACUUUGUCACUCCAUCUUACAGCUCCGUGCUACCAAUGCAUCACUUGCUCUAGCCUCCAGCACCGCUUCCAUAAACAGGAAGAGAUUACCGGGGCCUUCAAAAAAAAAUAAAAAUAAAAAAAUCCCCCUGACAAAUCCUUUGUGUUGUGCAGGUUGUUGCUUCAAGAAAUGAGGAGGUUCAUUUCCAUGGUGACACCAGAGACUGUUAACCUUAUCAGUACAGACUGCAUGUCCCACAAAGUUUACUUUAUCGGUUCUUGUCACUAGCAUUUCACAGUAAUUCCG